CAUCAGCAGUGAUAUAAGAGGGAGAGGAGCUACAGAGAGAAACCUCUAUUUUUGUGUUCUUUUUAAGGGUUGACACUCACCAUGAAGUACAGGACAGUGGUGAUGUAUACAGAAAUUGGCUGCUUUGUGUCCUGCCUUUGCGGCUGGAUCCUGAUCUGCUCCACCCUUCCCACAGAGUACUGGACUUUCUCUGAGGUGGGCAGCAUUGUGCUGACCACCUCCAACUACUACUCCAACCUGUGGAGGGACUGCAUCUCAGACACCACAGGGGUGUCUGACUGCAAAGACUACCCCUCCAUGCUGGCCCUGCCUGCUUUCCUGCAUGCCUGCAGAGCAUUGGCAGUCUGCGCCGUCAUCACUGGCUUCUUUGGUGGCGUUCUCACUCUCAUUGGUAUGAAGUGCACCAAAAUAGGUGGAUCAGAGGUUGCAAAUGCAAGAGUGACCUUUGCAGGCGGACUCACCUAUCUCACCUCAGGCUUCUGUGGCAUGAUCACUUACUCCUGGUGGGCCAACAGAGUCAUCACAGAAUUCCUCAACCCAAAUUUCAGGGCACAAAAAUUUGAGCUUGGAGCUGCUGUUUUCAUUGGAUGGGGGGGCUCCAUCCUUUUGCUGUCUGGUGGGACUGUGCUCACUUACUUCUCUGGAAAAGAAGGUCUUCCAUCAGGUUCCUCAAACCGGACACAUAGACCAGCCACAGCCCGGACCAGAAAGACCUACAUGCUGCCACCCACCUCAUCCAGGAUCACUCUGAGGCCACCGCUGUUUUAUGAGGGAAGGAAGAGUCGACCGAGCAGAGUGGCAACAAAGACAACUGGCACAUUCAGUAGGGAGGACUUUGUCUGAGCAAAAGGAGUAUUAUAAAGCGGACUUAUAUUGAUAAAAGACCAUACCGGUAUUGGCCAUUCUUCUUGAUAAACCACAAAUGAGUUGCUUAAUGUCAAUUGACAGUCACUGUUUUUAAAAACAAGUUUACUUACGUCUAACAUGAAAGUGUUUCCUCUUUAUUGUAACACACCAUGUUAUUGAUGAAUGUUUCAUUAUGA